UGACGUCAGCGGCGGUGUUGAGGAGAAGUGGAAGGAAGAUGGCGGGGUCCAAGGUGAAGCAGGACAUGCCUCCUCCGGGAGGCUAUGCUGCCUUCGAUUAUAGGAGAAAUAUACCGAAGCGAGGACUUUCGGGAUACUCUAUGUUUGGCAUCACCAUCGGCGUCAUGCUGUUUGGUUACUAUAAGCUAUUUAAAUGGAACAGAGAGAGGAGGCGUUUGCUGCUUGAGGAGCUGGAGGCCAGGAUCGCUCUGAUGCCUCUUAUGCAGGCAGAAUAUGACCGAAGAAUCUUGCGGUCACUGAGAGAAAACUUAGAGGAGGAGGCGAUCAUCAUGAAGGACGUCCCAGGCUGGAAGGUCGGUGAGAGCGUCUACAACACAGACCGCUGGGUGUCUCCUGUGCGAACGGAACUGCUCAACCUUAAGCCCCGCAAACACCACGUCGCCAGGCAUUUUGACUUCUGGAUGUACGUGUGAGCACGGCCUCGAGGAACAGCGUCCUGAGCUCAAACACCCUCUACAGCUGCCGCUAAGUCCAGCUUGUCAAUGUUCAAUAUUAAAGUAUCUUUUUUUUCUGUACCUCA